AUGUCAGAAGCUGAGACCAUCUCUGAUUUUUAUGAGAAGGUUGAAAUGAACACAAAUGAAGCCAUGAGUCUUGGCCAACCCAUUGAAGAACUCCUUGUAGUUCAUAAAAUUCUUCGUGUCAUUCCUUCUAGGUUUAGACCAAAGAAAACAACAAUCAUGAAAGUCCAAAAUCUAAAUCGGAUAAAACUUGGUAAGCUUGUGGGUAAAUUGAUAACCUAUGAGAUGGAGUCGAAUGUGGAGGAAAAUGACACCAAAAAUUUAAAAGGAGUUGCACUUCAAGGAGUGCAUGAAUCUUUACUGAAAAAUGGUGAAAAAUCCUCAGCUUUUGAGGAUGAGAUGGCCUUGUUCGUUGAAAAGUGUAGAAUAAUUCUCAAGGAAAAAGGGAAGUUUGCUAGAAAGGAUAGUUCAACAAUCAUAUAUGAUUCCAUAGGAAGAAAAUACGAUGGUUUGUUCAAGGAGACCUUCUCUUUGGAAGAGGAAAAUCUCAAACUUGAAGUCAAUUACAAUGAACUUCAACAUGCAUUUCUUACUCUUAAAGAGACCAAAAAGGAGUUGAGUGAUAAAAUUGAGUCUCUAGAAAAUGAAUGUGAUGAGUCUGUGUCAAUUAGGAGAGAUCUUGAAAAUCAAGCUAAUGUGCUCAAUGAGAGUAAUAUUUGCUUCCAAAACUUAAACAAACAUCUCUUGGGUGAGUUGAAUGAGGCAAAACGUAAAAUUAUCUCCUUGACUAUUGGUGCUUCAAAAAUUGAUAAAAUGUUGAAUAUGGGAAAAAUUCAUGGUGAUAAAGGGGGUCUUGGAUAUAAUCCAAUUGGAUCUAGUGUGUCUAGCUCAACUACCAAGUUUGUCAAGUCUACUAUUCCAGUCAUAUCCCAUGAUACACAAGAUCAAAACAAGAAGUUGUCUUCCAAGUCUAGACGAAAUCCCAGAUCACUGCAACUUCAAGUUGAUCAUUUACUUAAGGAAGUCACUAAAAUUGCCAAACUUGUUUCCUCUUCUAUGAAGUCAUCCACCAUGUGUAAACCAACUUGGAUUGUAAACGGUCAAACCAAAAGUCUUGUUGUUCUAAAUGCUUUUGCUGCAUCAAAUACCAAAACUUGGUACUUUGAUAGUGGUUGCUCUAAGCACAUGUUUGGUGACAAAAGUGUCUUUUCACCUCUAGUUUCUAUUGACGGAGGCUUUGUGACUUUUGGUGGAGGUCACAAGGCUCAAGUAGUGGGGAAAGGUACUGUUUGUAUCCCUAGAUUACCUCAGCUUAAGAAUGUUAGAUAUAUUGAGAGUCUCACAUCUAAUCUCAUUAAUGUGAGUCAACUGUGUGAUGAUGGAGUUGUGGAAGUUAGAUUUUCUAAGCAUGUUGCAAAAUCAUUGGAAAAGGUGGAAAUGAGAUUGUGA